CAGAUUUGCCCUGUUCCUCCGAAACUGCCAUUCCAUCCACGGCAUCCUAGAACCAACUCUCCCACAUGUAUGGCCCCCAUACCCGACAACGAGAGAAACAUGGCCUCCUCCACCGGAAUCCCCUCGUCGCCGAGCCGAGCCAGCAAGAGCACCAGCCUCCGCGGCCUCUGGUCAGACACGCAGUCCAAUCUCGCCCACCUCCUACGCGCCAAUCCCACCCACAGCCCACCGUCCUCGGGAAGGUCCACCGUGUCCAGGUCCAGCAGCGCGAUUCGCUUCGAAAUCAGCCUGCCGCGCCGGCCCGGCAUUCCCGCCCCGCGAUGCUGCAGCAAGGGCACUUUCGUCGUCAUCGCCUGCCCGCCCUUGGCGGUCUACCGCAUGUACCACGAUUGGAACGACAGGAGAGUAUGGCUCGCAGUGGCGCUGACGCUGGGAGGCUGGAUUCCUGGCGUGGUUUGUGAGUGCCCAUGCGGAUGGAAAUUUGUUUAGG